AAACACGAUAUCUAUAUAUAGAGAGAGAAGCAAAAGUGCAAAACCUUGCGAAGAAUUCUUCAUUCAGCUGAGGAUGUCAGAAGCGUACGAGAGGGUGAGGGGCGGAAGGCUGGCGUUCAAGAGCGGCGAGCUCGCCACCCGCGACAAAGCCAUAGACAAGAAGAAAAAAAAGAAGAGGAACAAGAGCAAGCUCCAAGACGACGCCGCUGCUCCGUCCGAGGAUCCGAGCAUCAGCGUCGUGGAUCAGGCCACGGACGCCGCCGAUGUCUACACGAUUGACCCGAUGAAGAAGAUGAAGUACGACGAGCUGUUCCCCGUCGAGACGAAGAAAUUCGGGUACGACGCCGCCAAGGCCAAGGCGAAAUCGGUCGAGGAAGCCCUAGAUGAUCGGGUGAAGAAGAAGGCCGAUCGGUAUUGUAAAUGAAGUUUGAUUAUGAUUUCUAUGUAGCUGUGUUUGGCACUGGAUUCGAUUGAACUAAUGUACUGUUUGAUGAUGAAUAGAAGAAGAAGGCCGAUCGGUAUUGUUGAAUAGAAGUUGUUGAUUAUGUUUUUCAAUUUUUCUGAUGUUAAUCGCAAAAUUAGGGUUUUUGGUUUUCUGUAUUCUGUUAUUGUGUUUUGAUGCUUUAGCUAUGGAGAAUAUUGAUUCUGACUUACAAUAUUUGAGUAUUUGGGGGAAAUUGCUUGA